UGAUUUUCAAUCUCCGUGGACAUCUCUCCACUCGCUGUCACGACAAAAAUAUUUUUUGAACAAUGAAAAAAAAAAAUGAUAGGUAGAGGUCUUCCCGUUCUUUACCAUGUAUGACGACGACGAAGAUCUAGCAUUAAUACAACAGUACGAAGAAGAAAACCGUCAAGCAAGAAGUGAUGACGAGAUAGAUAGCGAUUUGGAGGAUGUUAUAUUGAGUGCAGUAUACUUUGGAUCCAACUCUGAUAAUAGUAAAAAUACAAAUGCACCACCAUCUUCACAGCAACUAAUACAACAAACAAAUGAUCAAACAUCCAAUGACAAGCCAACAGUUUAUCCCUCCUCCUUCUCUUCCAAUUCUUCUUCAAUCAUACCCCAUACAAAUUCUGCGGACUCAGGUAGUUGUUCUCAAUUGGAUUCCUCAAGUGACGAUGACGAUAGUAGUAUCAGUAGUAACGAUGAAUACUAUAAAAAGAGUAUGAACGAUAAACAAACACAACAGGAAACAAUUCCUCCAGUAACACGACAUAUUGAUCUUAACCUUGAUAACAAUCAAUCACUUGAUACCGAUGAAGAAGAAGAAGAGUUGAAUGAAGAACUACAACAACUCAUUGAUGAACAGAUCCGAAACCGACAACAAUUACAAUUUCGACGACGAUCAAAAUUCAAUGACAACAACUAUAAACAAGGAUCUGGGUCUUUUGAACAGAAGCGAUGUCACAAAUGUUUUUCGGUUGGUCAUAUUGCUAGGAAUUGUCCAUACUGUGAAGAUUGUGGCAAUUUGAGACAUAACUCUCAAAGGUGUCCUGGUAUUAAUUUUUGUCGCCGAUGCAAGCAACGGGGUCAUAAUGCUAUUGAUUGCGAGAAUAAAAAGUGUCAUGAUUCUUGUCGUCAUUGUGGAGAUCGUCUUCAUACUUCUGAUUGGUGUCCUACCUUGGUCCAUGUAUAUAUUACGAAAAAAACUCCAACAAAAUCUGUCCAAAUUAUUCGAUACUGUUAUCAUUGUGGACAAGAUGGACAUUAUGGUGAUGAAUGUCCUACAUUAUCAUUUUAUCAUGAUUUACCAUCAGUAUUCAGUGCUAGACAUUUACCAGUCAACAGGGAUCAUCAUCGACCAGGGAAAUCAUCUCAUAACAAAUCUUCUCGACAACAUUACGAAAGAAAUAUAUCGAAGAAACAUCAUUACUCAGACGAUAGUGAUGAUAGUCAAUAUCCAAAAAAGAAAAAGGAAAAAAAAGAUAAACAAUCAUCAAUCAAAGAACGAGGAUCUGGUAACAAUAAUUGGAAAGCAUUAUCAUCAUCAUCAUCAUCAUCAAGGAUAUAUCCAACAAGUACAGGUGUGAUCUCAACAGAUUUUCCACGUGGCAAUUCUUCAGAACUUCCAAAACCUCAUUCUCAAGGUGUGAUUGAAUAUGGAGAAUCUAAUAGAAGGCCAAGGUAUAAAGGUGGUUACCAACGACAAUGAUUCCCCUCUUAGUUAGCAUAUUGCAUUAUUUAGAUAGAUAAACUUUGUAUAUAUAUUCAUUUGUCCCAUCCAUACAUCCAUUAUUUGAUAUUUGGGAAUCCGCGGGGAUGUGACACAAUGGCGGAUGUACAAAACGAAAUAAAAUAAAAAAAAAAAAAAUUGAACCA